UCUCUGCAACCUGAAUUUCCCACACAAAAUUCAUUCAUUGAUAUAUUUAUUAUACAAAUCUCAGACAUUUUUUCAUAUACACUCAACUCAACAUAUGAACCUGUAGAGGAAGGGAGGCGUAACAGAAGAAUCUGUCUCUACUCUCUACUCAGUUUGCGUGAUUUUGCAAAUCUCAUUUCCACUUAGUCGGGGAUUUCAAAGGUAAGUUGAAACAAAAGGUGGAAAAACAAACAAACAAACAAAUUGAUUUUUGAAUUAGGGUUUCUUGGAGGUGCGGGCGGGCAUGAGGUUGAACGGAGAAAUAUCGCACGUAGAAGGAGAUGAAGAAGAAGAGAAAGUGGUUGUCGGGUACGCCUUAACGUCCAAGAAGAAGAAGAGCUUUCUACAGCCAAAGUUUAUUAGCCUUGCCAGGAAUAAGGGGAUAUUCUUUGUUGCCAUUGAUCUAAACAAGUCCCUGUUAGAACAAGGUCCUUUUGAUGUUGUCUUGCAUAAGUUGUCAGGAAAAGAGUGGUGUGAUAUUAUUGAGGAUUACAUGCAAAAGCAUCCAGAAGUAGCCAUUGUUGACCCUCCAGAUGCAAUUCAACAUUUACACAAUCGCCAAUCCAUGCUACGAGAUGUGGCAGAUCUAAACUUAUCUGACUGCCAUGGCAAGGUUGGAGUUCCACGACAAUUGGUUAUCGCAAAAAACCCAUCUACUAUCCCUUACGAAGUCACUAAGGCUGGGAUGAAGUUGCCAUUAGUUGCAAAACCGUUAAUUGUGGAUGGAAGUGCAAAGUCACAUGAACUGUUUCUUGCUUAUGAUGAGUUCUCUCUUUCAGAGCUUGAGCCUCCACUUGUUCUACAAGAGUUUGUAAAUCAUGGUGGUCUUGUCUUUAAGAUUUAUAUUGUUGGGGAAACAAUAAAGGUUGUGAGACGUUUCUCUCUACCUAACAUCAGUAAACAUGAACUAUCGAAAGUUGAUGGUUUAUUCCGAUUUCCAAGAGUUUCAUGUGCGGCAGCUUCUGCAGAUGAUGCUGAUCUGGAUCCUAACAUUGCAGAACAUCCGCCAAGACCUUUAUUGGAGAGGCUUGCAAGGGAGCUCCGUCGCAGAUUGGGACUCCGCUUGUUCAACAUAGAUAUGAUCCGGGAACAUGGGACCAAGGAUGUGUUUUAUGUCAUUGAUAUCAAUUACUUUCCUGGGUAUGGAAAAAUGCCAGACUAUGAGCACGUAUUUAUAGAUUUCCUACUUAGCCUAGUGCAGAGCAAGUGUAAGAAGAAACAUGGUACUUAAACUAAGCGAAGUGAGUAGAACGAUCCAUGGAAUAUGCUAUCCUUGCGGUUGCGGAUGGUUUCUUGAAAAUUGGGCAAUAUUCUCGUUUUAGUUUAGUAUUUAAUGUCACUGAAGCCUCUUUAAAAUGUCCGAAAUGGGUUCGGCAAGGCUGUGUAAUCUUUCUCUUCUCUCUCUCAUUGGGUCAGUCUACUACUUUUCCAAAUUGUUUACUUUUAUUCCACUGGCCAGUAACAAACUCUCGCAAAUGAAGAAAAGAUUGUGCUGCAAGUUCUCUAGGGCUGUGAUUAGAGA